UCAAUACUAUUAGGACACUAAAGAGAAUAAACCGUUGAACAAGCACUGUUUUACAAGAGAGCGACAUUUUAUAUAGAAGUUAUUGUAAAGCGGGAAAGAUAAUCUUUAUUAUUUACAAUUGGAUUUUAUACAGAAGUUUCAAUGCACAUUGUCAUUCGAACAUUGGUGCAUUCAUUGUGUUUAAAACUGUGAAUUUUGAUUUUAUACUUUGUGAAAAGACAUUUAAAACAACAGGGAACAAUUUGAAAAAAAACAAUAUCGGGUGUUUUUGAAAACGUGAAAGUUUUCAAAGUUUAUUUUUUUCGCGUAGUUCACGUCAAACCGCAACAAUUGAGUAUACGGAUAUGAGCACGGAGAUGUCCCUGAAGGGGCAGGCUCCGCCACAGACACAGCUACCAGCCAGUCACCACCCGGGUAUGAACGGCCCGUCCCCAGGGCUCAAUAAUAAUGAAGAUCAUAUCUCUGAACACCAUCAGUCACCAAAUGGACAAAAUGGCUCCCAGGGUGCUGGUGGCCCCGGGGCUAAAAACGCACAGGCAGCAAAUGACAGAGUUAAACGCCCAAUGAAUGCAUUUAUGGUGUGGUCAAGGGGACAGCGGCGAAAGAUGGCUCAAGAAAAUCCAAAGAUGCACAAUUCUGAAAUUAGCAAAAGACUUGGCGCAGAAUGGAAACUUCUGUCCGAGACGGAAAAACGCCCUUUCAUAGAUGAGGCGAAGCGACUGCGGGCAAUUCACAUGAAGGUAAUUGCGGAACACCCCGAUUACAAGUACCGUCCACGACGAAAAACUAAAACGUUAAUGAAGAAGGAUAAAUAUGCCUUGCCGGGUAUGCCCCCGGGGGCUGGAGGAAUGGGUAUGGGACAGGUGGGAAGAGACGCAACAGGAAUGUACAUGAAUGGAUACAUGCCAAACGGAUACCCGAUGAUGACUGAUCCAAAUGCCUAUCAACAAAUGCAGCACAUGGGCGCGUUCCAGGGAGGUUAUGGACAAUAUUUACCUGCUCAAAGCAUGCAGGUAGGACAGGGUACAACCUCCGCCUCUUAUAUGAAUGGUGGCUCAAGUUAUACAAUGUCAAUGGCUCCUUAUGGCAUGCCACCCCAGUCUCAUGUUAUAAAACGUGAAUCGAACACACCCCAAGGACACUCAAGUGUGGGCGCACCACAAGGCGUCUCAGGGCGACCUAAUGGUGUAGCCCCUGGGGACUUACGUGAAAUGAUCAGUAUGUAUUUACCCCCGGGCUCAGACCCCAAUGACCCAAGUGCUCAACAAAGACUACAGCAACAAAUGCAGGCAAUGGGACAUUAUCCAGUACCGUCCAGUGAAUCCAUGAACUCAAACACCGUACCGCUAACUCAUAUGUAAAACUCUUUAAUACUUCAUAGAAAACAAUCAGUAUUUAUAUCUUAAAACGUGAAUUUGUGUGCGUACUUGUUAAUUUGGAAAUGGUGUUUUAAAUGUGAAAAAAAAUCGCCUAUACUUAGAUGUGUUUUAAUUUCUAAAUGUUCUUAAAUUACUUCUAAAUAGUGAAAUGAGAUGCUGAAGACGCGAUUAAUGGUGAAAUGGACACCAGUUCUCAGUGUUGAUGGAAGUCUUUAUUUUUUUGCAAAUUGUCCCGAAAACUUGAGUUUUAUUUGACAUGUAUAUAUAUGUGUACUGACAUAAAAGUUUACACGUUUCACUACGCCGGUUAAUAUUUGAAACAUGAAGAAUGAGUGUUCAAAUUAAACAUUUUCUCAUGCGUUCAACUCCAUGACACAUUAUCAGUAAAACUUCGCUUUCAUCCCCCGAUAUUCAUAUAUUAAAUAAUAUUGAAAAUUACUACAUAUAUAAUGUUGCCCUCGGGUGUUUUUACAAGGGUAAACGAUUGUUUAUGUACACUUAACAUGUUAGAAUUCAAUUAAAUCUAGAGUACUAUAAAAUUACUUUCCAAUAUCGGAGUAAUUCCAUUGUUUUUAUAUAGAAUUUAGCCUUAGGGAAAAUGUUUAAAAAUUUGUAUCUUGUCCGAUCGGUGAAGAAUUAAGAAAAAUUCUCAAUUUGUUAUAAUUUCAAGUUUUUAUUUUCAAGUACAUAAAAGUUUUUGUUUUUUCUUUUUGUUUUAAAUUUAAAGAAUUAAUCCUAAAUUAAGGUUUAGAAAAAAUGUGUUCAUUAAUUUUCAAAUCUCGAAGAAUAAGGGGUAAACUGUGUAUAUAAUUAUAGUAUAUAAAUUGUGCUGGACUUGGUGCCCUUCUUUUCAAGGCUCAAAACCCUAUAUCACUUACUUUCUUGUCACUUUGUAAUUAUAGAUAUAUAUGUAUAUUGUGUUUCAAUUUUUAUUCGAAUUUAUUAUUUGUUUCAAAACUCUUUUCACAACAGUGAUGUUUUGAAUAGUCACACUACAAGAAAUAUAGAGGAGAAAUCUCUAGUUGCUACAGACAUUUAUUAUUUAUAUUAUAUAUUGUUGAGAAUACUGUCUUAGAUGUAUAUAUUAUACAUUAUAAAAAAAGUUCUUUUUACAAGAAAAAAAUAAAUGUCAUUGAAAUAAUUUUA